UGCACCGUUCCACGGUUCCACCAUCCACGGACUGCUUUGGAAUAAUGGCUCCGACUCCGGUGAAUUCUCAAACAGAAUCCCCAUCGCUCCCGUUUCGUCUCUCUUGGGAUAAAACCCACCGCCAACAGAAUCAUCCACCCAUAAUCACCAUCAUCCUCAACAACAGUCUCCACCGACCUCUGCCGCAGAUCCAUCGCUCUCAGCCACACCACAUACCGCGCUCGUCGUUAUCUAGGCCACCGGUCGCCCACCGCCGCCGCCCGCCUCUCACCGUGGAUAAGGCCAGGCCAGUCCGGCCGGACAGGCAUUUUUUUUCCGUCCAAGAAAGGCAGCGCCGCACGCAACCGGCCAGCCAGGAGCAAUCCAAUCCGGCAAGCAAAAGGAAAUUAAUAGAAAAGGGCAAGUAAAGACCGGCCGCGUCAACCGGCACCGCGGCGGCGGCAUUGAUCCUGCCCUGCGGAGGGAAGGAAGGAAGCCAAGACAGGGACGCAACCUGAGCUGGAAAGUUGGGCCUUUUCCUCGGAAAGGGACGGGGCCGCGGCGAACCGGGGCGGCAAGGCGGAGGAGAGAUAUUGUAUCAUAAUAAUAAUACUGUCUGAUAUCAUUCACCUACCCGGUCCGGCGUUCGCCUAUAAGAAGACCGGAGGCGAGGAGGAGGGAGCUUCCUCUCUGUGCAAGUACAAGUUGUCCUCUCUUUGGUUUAGUUUAGUUUGCGCUGCUGGAUUUGUUCAGGCUUUUGGUCUUGAGUUGAGGAAAAAAGAUUUGGGGUUCUUGAAAGGUGAGUGAAACAAAUGGGUAUUGGGAAUGGAUCAUCAAGCAAUGUGUCGCACAAAGCGAUGCAAGAUGAGACCACGCCGCUUCUCCCGAUCAAAGCUGAGGAGGACGUGGUUCACGAGUUCGAUGGAGCUUCUUUCUCUGGUGCGGUCUUCAAUCUGUCGACGACCAUUGUAGGGGCUGGAAUCAUGGCUCUGCCUGCGAGUAUCAAGAUGCUAGGCCUUAUCCCUGGUAUUCUAAUGAUCAUCCUUGUGGCGUUGCUCACCGAGGCAUCCAUUGACAUGCUGGUCAGGUGCAGCCACCAGGGCAAGAUUACAUCCUACGGGUGGUUGAUGGGUGACACUUUUGGUCAGUGGGGGAGAAUUGCCCUACAAGCAUCAGUGGUGAUAAACAAUGUCGGCGUAUUGAUUGUAUACAUGAUUAUUAUUGGCGAUGUCCUAUCAGGAACAUCAUCAACAGGUGUUCAUCACAGUGGUGUAUUUGAGGGGUGGUUUGGACCUCAUAUGUGGAAUUCUCGUCCCAUUGUACUCCUCACUACAACUCUUGUUGUAUUUGCUCCAUUGGUGAGCUUUAAGCGUCUGGAUUCAUUGAGAUACACAUCUGCACUAUCAGUUGCUCUUGCUGUGGUUUUUGUUGUAAUCACUGCUGGGGUUGCUAUUGUCAGACUCAUCCAAGGAACUGUGGAGAUCCCCAAACUCUUUCCUGAGAUAGAUGGAGUUAGUUCUGUCUGGAAACUGUUUACAGCUGUGCCUGUUCUUGUCACUGCCUACAUCUGCCACUACAAUGUUCACAGCAUUGAUAAUGAGCUGGAGGACAAGACCCAAAUUAAACCAAUUGUACAAACUUCACUGGGACUCUGCUCAAGUGUUUACAUUGCAACAAGCUUCUUUGCAUAUCUCCUCUUCGGCGAGGCUACCUUGGCUGAUGUGCUUGCCAAUUUCGAUUCUGACCUUCGCAUUCCAUUCAGCUCUGUCUUCAAUGACAUAGUGAGAGUGAGCUAUGUUGUCCAUAUCAUGCUUGUCUUUCCUAUAGUCUUCUUUGCCCUUAGGCUCAACCUGGAUGGAUUACUCUUUCCCACCGCAAGGCACAUUUCCCAUGACAACAAGAGGUUCACCAUUAUCACCAUCUCGCUCAUUGCUGUAAUUUAUCUUGCUGCUAUCUUCGUACCGAGCAUCUGGGAUGCGUUCCAAUUCACUGGCGCCACAGCUGCUGUGCUUAUUGGUUUCAUCUUUCCUGCCAUGAUUAUACUCAGGGAUCCAUAUGGUGUUUCCACCAAGCGUGACAAGGUUUUGGCGGUAACAAUGAUUGUGCUUGCUGUGGUGUCCAAUUCUGUGGCCCUGUACAGCGAUGCGCUCAACAUCUUCUACAGGAAGCAGGAGGCCUAGAGUCCAUCAUACCUCAGGGGAAAAGUUCUUUAUACAGGUCUAGAGUGAUUGUUGACCUUUUUAAGCUACUACUGAGCAGCAGUGCCACGAGAUUUCAUGGUGGUCAAUAUUUUUUGUUUGGUCACUUGAAAGAAACCUGGUUUGUUGCAAAUAUUUGUUAGUCUUCUGAACAUAAACCGCCUCCACAUCUGGAUGGCCCACUUGUGCUAUGAUCACCUGUGGAACAUUUUUUUUUUCACGUGGUUGUUCAUUCAGUCAUCUUGUAAUGGAUGACUAAAAAUGCUGUAUAUAUAUAACGGAUAGUUCCCUGCUUUUGUGUUUUGUUUUUCUA